CGCCCGAGUCGCUGGACCGAGACCGCAGGGACCUCCACUACUUCCUCAACGGACGACGACGACCACUGCCACGGUAACAACGAUAACGACGAGCUGAUGACCUUGCCCCAAGGAGCCCUCGUGGACGAGCUGCCCCCCGUCCCCGGCGACGAGCCGCCCUGCGGCGACCAAGUCGCGGCGCACGGCGGCCACGACGGCGGCCACUCUGGCGGCCACGCCGGGCACGGUGGCCACGAGGGUUCCCACGCCAGCGGCCACAGCGGGGAUUGCUGCGGGGGAGACCACGGCGAGGGCCACAGCCACGGCGGGGGCCACGCACACGGCGGAGGCCACGGCAGUGCGCACGGCAGCGCCGUCGAGGAGCCGAAGCCGGUCUUCAGCAUGUCCGCGGGCUCUUGAGGACCUCGGGAGACCGCCGCCAUCCGUCAAGACUGCGGCGCUGGCUCCGAGCUCCUGAGGUCCACCGCCAGGCGCCGCCAGUCAGGCGGCCGCCUCGUGAGGACCGCCACCCAGUGCGUCCGGAGGCGGCUGCACGACGAGCUAGAUUGGCUAGAUGGGAGUACGAUGCAGCAGGAGCUGAGCGGGAUCUUCACGAGUGACGCCGAGCUGGUGCUGAGUGCCCUGGCAUCCCGCGCUCGCCAGACUGAGAAGUGGAGGUCCUGGCCAGCCGCAGAAAGCACCGAGCCGCUGUGAGGCGGCACGCGUUGGCGGCAAAUUGUCUUCAGGUAGUCGCCCUUCCGUAGCAUUCUGGAAUCAGGCGGUUUUCUUCGGUGAUGCAGCGCGCAGUGUUGCACAGGUAUGUGUUGCCAUGCACGUUGCAGAUGUAGGCAACCGCUUGUGAAUAUCUAUGGGUGUGGGCAUGAUCGAAUUCUGGUUUCCGGCCAACUUGCCACUGCGCCUGGAUCGUGAUUGAGAGUCCCGACCCUGGCUUCGUCUUAUUACUGGGCCCGAGAACACUGCA